AUGACGUCGCCACGCCCCGCCUCCACAGCUCUGAUUGGUCAGUUCCGGGAGAGUCAGUACAGGCGCCAUCUCCAAGAAGGGGGGGACGGGAAGGAGGUGCGGGACGAGGGUGCUGGGCCGGUUCCUCCGGGGCACCCCGGUCAACUCUUCCUGAAGCCCUCACAGUCCCAGGAUACCUUCCCCUGUAACCAGCGAAGGUUGCACUCUUUAUUACGAGAAUGUAUUCCUCAUGACUCUUUGGCAAAAAUAAUUCUCUACUCAGAGCAGUUUUAUGAUUUCUUCAGAUAUGUAGAACUGUCCAGUUUUGACGUAGCCUUAGAUGCCUUUGCUUCAUUUAAGGAUUUGUUGAUUCGACAUAGGCCUGUUUCUGCACAUUUUUUAGAAAAGAUUUGUGACAGAAUACUUAUUGCAUAUGAGAAACUGCUGCAUUCUGAAACCUAUGUGGCCAAGCAUCAGUGUCUGAAGCUUCGAGGGGAAUUGCUGCUGGACAGACAUAAUUACAGCAUUAUGUCAAAGUAAAUCAGUAAAUCAGAAAAUCUUAUGAUGAAUUUACUGAGAGACAAAAGCAGAAACAUCCAGUUUGAAGGUUUUCAUGUGUUUAAGCUUUUUGUGGCAAAUUCCAAUAAAUCUCAAACAGUCUUGGAUAUCCUGUUAAAGAAUCAAAGUAAAAUGAUUGAAAUUCUCAGCAAGUUUCAAUCUGAUCGGACAGGUGAUGAACAAUUCUGUGGUGAAAACACUUAUUUGAUCAAGUAGAUACAAGAUUUAAAAAGACCUGUUGAGGAUCAAAUCAGCCCCAACACAGAAGUUAAAGGUUUUAAAAAGUACGCAGAAUGCCUCAUUGACUUGACUUUCAGAACCAGAUUGACAGAAAACACAGACAAAGUUUCAAUACUUAACAAGAAUUCCACUUUAUUAAAGUUACUUGUUGCCAUUUGUGAACAACUUUGGCUUCAGACCAAUUACACCUUCGCCUGCUUGAACCUGCAGCUGUGUUACACCACUGCUUUAAAACUGCUGUAUAGACAUGCUGUGCUCAGGAACUUACAGCAGCGUCAUGGCCUACACCUGGCUGUACCUCAGGGCUCUUCACUUGCUCUCAUUGCACUUGCACUCUGA